CAAAACUGUAGUGAUUUAUGUUGUUUGUCCAAUUAAAAGAAAACAGACUAUUUUUAUCAUUUCCUUUUCUUGAAAUGUCGUCGUUUUAAUACUUCAUCAGUGAAAAUUUUAUUCUUCAAACGCAGCCAUUGUUAAACACAUUCUUCUUCACUCCGAGAGGUUUACUGAGGGUUUAGGUUUCAUAGUUAUUCCAAAAAUGUUGGGUUUAUUGCGUGCUUUAACUAAAUCUAACCGUUCAAUUCAAAUGGGUAUUCAAAAUCAAGGGCUGACAUUGCCCCUCAGUAGACAAUUAUCUACCCAAAUGGAAAACAACUCAUCUGAUUCAUUCCUACAAAACCCAUCUACUGGUUUGGUUUAUGGGAGAAUUUCUGGCAUCGGAAGGCAUACAAGGAAGAGCGACAUUAGUAGCAUGUUAGGGAUCUCUAAAUUGAGCCCAGAUGAUGUUAGAUUUGAGUACAACGCGAACUAUGCUCCAGUUGCAGUGAUGAUUCAGUUCCCGUCUCGGAAUGCUUAUGAAGCUACACUUCGGGCAGUUGUUCGGAAGAGUGGCUUAUUCAGAAUGGAGAUGGCUGAUCGUCAGAAGUGGGACACUUUGCCGCGCUAUGAUGGAAAAACUAUUUUAUUGCUAGGGAUCCCUCGUAAUGCGUUGGCCGAUGAUGUGGAACGUUUCCUUGUUGGUUGUCAGUAUGAUGCAUAUUCAAUCCAAAUGUCUGCCAGACAACCGCGAGGUUUUGAUAGAUCACCAGCUCGAGCGGUCCUUGUGGAGUUCCCCUCACAGGCUCUAGCUACGCAUGCAUUUAUCACGAAGAACAGAGGCUUCUGUCUCAAUAGCCAAAUUGCAGUCAGACUUCUGCCUUAGUCUAGUCCAUAUCCAAGACAAUCUACGUUUUGUUUCCCUGUUGGCGAUGCUCAAUUGCUAGGAUGUCGAUGAUAAUUGAAAUGCUUGGAUGUCCACCUAGUUGUCCAGGCUUCAAUCCUUCCGACUGAGAACUAUUUUCAUUUACGGUAGCAAAAGCUGAGAUGAAAUUCGAAAUAAUAUUAACCUUGUCAAUAUUUUGAAUAACAUUGCUUUGCAAAAACUGACCAAGGAGGGACCAAACAGGAGAUGUUCUUAGCUUUUGCUUGGACUGUUUGUUUUUAGCUUUUGUUUGGAUUGUUUGAUCAUGGUAUACUUUAGAAAAAAUCCCCUUCGUGUUUA